AUGAGAACUCUCCUACAACCCGAUCUCUCAUCCACUCGUCUAGAACUAGUUGACCGGCCCAUCCCCAUCGCCAACCCCGAUGCCAACGAACAUCUGAUCCGCGUGCACUGCACCGCACCCUGUGCAGGCGAGCUAGGCUGGUAUGCCUAUGUCUCUCUCCCCGACAGGGAACCUGUCCCUUGUGACGACAUGGCCGGAACUGUGGUGACGGCCCCCCCAAAUUCCCCCUUCCAACCGGGCGAUGAGGUAUACGCCCGCAGCACAUUCAACCGCCCCGGUUGCGCACGCGACUACACCGUUGUAGUAACGGACGAACUGGCGCGUCGACCGCAGAAUCUCAGCUGGGCCGAGAGUGCCGCCACACCGCUAUCGGCCGAAACGGCCUGGCAGGCACUUUUCGAGCAGUCGGGCAUCGGCGGGUUCUCGAGCUCGGCUUGGAAGGGAAAACGAAUCCUGGUGACGGCUGCUUCCAGUAGCACAGGCAUGUGGCUGGUUCAACUGGGCCGAAUUAUCGGAGCGCAGAUCAUCGGGACAUGUGGACCGAACAAUGUGGACCUCGUUCGGGGACUGGGUGCCGUGGACGUCGUCAACUAUCGCUCGCAGUCACUGCGGGAAUGGGGCCAGAACGAGGAGAACAAGGUCGAUUUGGUGAUUGAUUGUAUCGGCGGACAGUCGCUGGAGGAUGCCUGGCGGUGUGUUCGGGAUCAGGGCAUCGUUAUCAGUAUCUGUAGGUCACCGAACGAGGUAAAACCGGCAGAGGUGACGGCGAAGGAGGUCAGGGGCUUGUUUUUCAUCAUGACGCCUCGCAGGUCCGAUCUGGAGGAGAUCACCAAGCUGGUAGAAGCGGGUGAAUGCCGACCGUUGGUCGAUAGCGUGUGGCCGUUGGAGCAGUUCCAGUCUGUAUUUGAUCGUGUGGAGGGACGGCAUGCGCGUGGAAAGGUCGUGAUGGACCUGCGGCUGAAUCGGAAGUUGGAAUCUUAG